UGCCCACACAACAUUAACCAAAGUUAAAGAUUCAGGGGGGGCCUUUACUUUGAAAGCAACAAACGGAAAUUGGAGUUUCAGUCCGACUGCCUCACUUCCGCCUUUCCUCCGAUGCCACAUGUUUAUCGUUCCGGUGAACGUGGAGUCCAAGAAGAAGGCUAACGCUGGAAACAUGAGUCAAAUGGAAGAAUUAAAGUUGUUCGUCUCCGAGAGGCUGCAGGCGGCUGUCUCCGACGUCUGCGGCGCCUUUGAGAAAACAUUGGCCGGAUACGAGGAGCAGAACUCCCGCUUGAAGGACGAAAACAACCGCUACCGCUCCCUGCUGGAUGUGGUGCUCCUGUCCAAGUUACCGCAAACAAAGGCAGGUCACGCAAUCAAAAGUACUCCUGCUGCUGCCAGCCAAGUAGCCUCAGACUCCAGCACUGUACGAACGGCUGAAAGAACUUCCUCUUCUCAUGUGGUUCAUGUAAACAAAAGUACUCCUUCUGUUGCCACCAUCCUGGUAGCGUCGGAUAUAAGUUCUGCACAAAUGGCUGAAAAAACGUCCACUGCUCUUGCAGGUCAUGUAAACAAAAGUUCUCCUUCCGCUGCUACCAUCCUGGUCGCCUCGGAUAUAUGUUCUGCACAAACGGCCGCAAAAACUUCCACCGCUCAUGCAGGUCAUGCCAACAAGAGUACUCCUACUGCUGAUGCCAGCCUCGUAGCCUCAGACUCAACUUAUGCACAAAUGACUGAGAAAACGUCCUGCUAUUCUGCCGACACACAGUGUCUCUUCACCUCACACGCCAACUUUUUCAAGCUGGCAGCCAAUGACAAUUGUCCCCUCUGCCUCAAGAGUGUCCAGGCCACUGAGAAACAUUUGAUGAAGAGGCAUUACCGAUUCGCUGUUCAUUUUAUUGAGGGUGACACCGAAAAAUUUGUGGUGCCGUGUUUUUGCACUGAGAAAGCCCAAGGAAGAAGUCACUGGCACUGCCCAUGUUGCAUUAAGAUCAUUCAUCGGAAAAGUAACUUUGAGGCGCACUUAUCAAAACAGCAUGCUGAUGCAAUAUAUAUACUGCAGCAGAGCCAAGAUGCAGUAAGUCAAGCGGAGUUUCAGCAUCCUGAGCUGAUACCAAAAAGCGAGAGUCAAGUGAGAGGACAAAGUCUGAAGGUGGAAAAUGACCAAGAUUCACCCGUCAGCAUCAUCUAUGUGGACGGUUUUAUCCAAGAUAUGAGUGACAUCAACUGUGUGCAAAGCAGCCAGGGGCAUCCUCGACCUCUGGACACUCAGCCUGAUAGUUGGGUCGGUAAAGAAUGGCAGCCUGCUGAAGACGGUCAGGACACCAAUGUAGGUGGUGCUGACGCCAAGGAUGGAAGCAGCUGCAAUACUGAAGAGUCGAAGAGCCAAACAGUGUGUUCACGUUUAAAGGCACUCGGUUCAAAGAAGAAUGUGAAAAGGCCCCUCUCAAUUUUAAAUAAAAAGAAAUCAUCGCGGACAUCUGCUGUUCGGAAUCUCACAGGUCCUCAUUCUUGUAAAGCCUAUACGAAGAACACACUGAGGACACAUGUGCGAACAAACAAAGCCGACAAGAUCCACAUUUGUGAAGUCUGUGGAAAGCGAUUAGUGUCUAAAGUAAAUUUAGUCCGCCACCUGCAAAGCCACACAAAGAAAAACCAAUGUGGAAUAUGCACAAAACAGUUUUCGAAUCAUUCCAGUCUGGAACGGCAUAUGAGAUUGCACAAACCAAAGGCUCUAAAUGUUAUGUCGUCAUCUUAAAAACCACAGAUGGGCAAAAUCCAUCAGAUUUCAUAAUGCAUCCAAACCUGCUGUGAUUACUGGAAUUUGAUCCACUACAGAUAAGGCGCCAGUCUAGUCUUGUACUAAUGACUCAUUUACAAUGAUCGGCAGUUUGUAACUAUGUUUUUUAUUGUUUGUUUUUAUAUAUUCAGUUCUUUGUGUGUUUUCUAUUAUAAUUCAGCAGUUUGGAAGUGAAUGAUUUCGAAGGAUACUACAAAAAGUGGAUUUCACCAGGACCCAAUCAAACCUUGUCUAGAUUCGAGGAAUGUUUUAUCUUUUUGUAGUUCAAUGGCUGUUAUAGUGUUCAGCAGUGUGUAAAUAUGUUUUAUUGUUUGUUUUUAUAUAUUCAUAGUUCUUCUCUGUUUGUUUCCUAUUAUAAUUUAGAAGUGGAAGUUUUCGAUGGAUACUACAAAAAUUGAUUUCACCUAAUUUAAACCUUGUCUAGAUUUGAGGAAUGUUUGAUCUUUUUGUAGUUUGUUAAAUAGUUAAAAUAUUCAGUUUGGAAAAAAUUGUAGCCUCCAAGUUAUGUUAUCAUCAGAUCAUGGUGUUCCUGCACAGUAUUUGUAACUGGAGCCUUUGUCGUUGUAUUUUAAAGGCAGAAUAUGUAUCUGUUGCACAGGGGAUUGCUAGAUAUCUAAACCCUACAAAUGACCCAAAAAAGCUAUCAUGAAUGUAUGGAAUUUGAGUGAUUUUCAGAUUUUCAUCUAUCGUCUCCAAUAAAUGUAUCUGAAAAAAAGAGUCUGAAAACAUGAAAUCU